AUGGAGAGCCUGAACAUUACGCACGGAUCUGUUUCCAUGAACGAGACGCUGGUGCAGCAUUCCCAAGAGACCACGUUUGAAACAGCAAUCGCUUUACCGAUGUUUAUGUUUGCUGGAGGCGCCAUUGGGAAUAUUAUUGCAAUAAUCGUCCUGUCAGUAUCUCGACAGGAGAGGAAAUCUUCAGCUUUCUACACGCUGGUGUGCGGCCUGGCGGUGACCGACCUGCUGGGCACGUGCCUGGCCAGUCCGCUCACCAUAGCCAACUACUACAUGGACCAGACUGUGCUCACGGUGCAGCAUGUGUGCGAGUUUCACUCCUUUUUGUUGCUGUUUUUCGGUUUGACAGGGCUGAGCAUCAUAUGCGCCAUGGCAGCGGAGCGGUACAUGGCCAUAUGCUGCCCGUACACCUACCAGCGGUGGGGGGUGGACCGGCGCUUUGCGCAAAAGUUCCUGUUCUUCAUUUAUAUCAGUAACAUCUUCUUCUGCUGCCUCCCGAUGAUGGGCAUGUCGAAGAGCGAGCUGCAACCGUCCCGAACCUGGUGCUUCAUCCACUGGGGGACAGAGGAGCUGGCCGCUGAAUACUCUGUGCUGUACGGCUCCGUCAGCCUGCUGCUCAUCCUGGGCACCAUUCUGCUGAACCUGGCGGUGUGCGGAGCGCUGCUGCUGAUGCGCCAGAGGACCGUGCAGCGGCCCGUUACCAGAGCCAGCGUCCGGGACAGGUGGAGGGCUCUGUCCUCGGCUGCAGAGACUCAGAUGAUGGCAGUGCUGGUGAUGACCUCCGCCGUGGUGCUGGCCUGUUCAGCCCCGCUGGUGGUCCGUGUGUUUGCCAACUGCUUCAUUCUGAAAAAUGACCCUAUCGCUGACCUGGCAGCCAUCAGGAUAGCAGCUGUAAACCCCAUCCUCGACCCCUGGAUCUACAUCCUCCUCAGGAGGUCUCUGUUUAGGAAGUUACUCAAGUUAUCCAGACAAGGCAGCAGCACUCGCAGAACUUCAUCCCCUACAUCACAAAGGAGUCUGUUUUAUCCUGUAAUCGUGAGGGACAGCCAUGUGAUCACGCAGCUGAUGUGCAACGCAAACAUCAUGACUCAGCUGCCCGCCACUGUCAAAUUCACUUCGUACGACACAGAGAGUCCCCGUCAGACUUAA